AUGCCCCGUCGAGGUCGCGGGAACAGGAUGCCAUCAGGCCCCUGGGGAAGGUUGAAGCCUGUCGAACAAGACCCAUUGCAGAGCAUUGGUCUUCCCUCUAAGGGAGACGAAAGCUUACUAGACCACAAGACCCAGGAAUGGUACUAUAAUCAGAUAAUCUCACGAUUCCUCGCAUUUUGCACAGAAGCUGGUGACAAGGACUCAAUUCUACGGAGUUUUGAAGCCUUAGAUAUUAGAGCAGUAGAUCCAACUCCUUCGACUCCGUAUACUAGGCCGCCUCCUGGAUAUGUCCCACCAACCGCAUCAAGUUCUGCAGCAACAUCGUCACCAACUCCUGCUUCAUCAGUUCAAAACCCUGGCAAUCCUUCCAAAGCCACAACGUCGGUGUCAACUUCAACUUCCUCCCUGGCAGGUUCAUUGAAGGCCCUUAGAUCAAUCAUUCCCUCUGGUGGUCCAUCUACUUCAAUGUUGGCAGCUAUCGAGGAUCCUGAUAACACAAAACCCCUGCAGGAAGUUCUCAUGGCUCUGAGGAAGCUCAGAGAGGGCUUGGUAGCUACAAAACGAGCCGAUCUUUUUUCGAUUCAAGCAUACAUUUUCUCUAUCCGGCUGUCCAUUCUUGCUAAGCAUCCUGAGUCAUACCACCCAGCAAUUCUACACCUUCUACGGUUCAUGGCAGUAUGGACCCCCAUGGUGCACAGUGAGAUCGAGGAAAUUGCCGGCUAUUUCAUGCUAGAUGCUGCGUGUCGGCGUAGAGACCUGACCGAGGCCUAUUUCAUCAGACAGGACUUCAAUAUCAGGAACAAGAAGCUAGACAACAUACUCAAGGCAUUGGCGCACGAUAACUAUAUCUCCUGGCAAGUUGCAAAGAAGCAAGCCAAUCGACAUUGUCUUAAACUGAUGGAAUGGGCGGAGGACGACAUGAGGCUUCAUACUCUGAAAUGCUUUGGCAGAUCGUAUCUUAAUGUGGAUUUACCAUAUUUGGAGUUUGCUACUGAUCGCAAGUGGGACAAGCUAAAGGAGAAAGAUAGUGUCGGCUGGGAGUUGGAUGACGAGAAGGUGACUAUUCGGCGAGUGAGGGCAAAGUGA